CCACCCACAGAAACCCUAAGAAACUUCCAAGCUCCGAAGAAGCCAAGUUCCGUGUUCAUUUUCUCUUGUUGUUCCUGAUCCCGUUGCUCAAGCGAAGGAAAAAAAAAAUGGCGUCGUUUGAUGAAGCACCACCAGGAAACCCCAAGGCCGGUGAGAAGAUCUUCAGGACCAAGUGUGCUCAGUGUCACACCGUUGACAAAGGCGCCGGUCACAAACAAGGACCAAAUCUAAACGGUCUGUUUGGAAGACAAUCUGGUACAACUGCUGGUUACUCUUACUCUGCUGCUAACAAGAGCAAGGCUGUGGAAUGGGAAGAGAAGACCUUGUAUGAUUACUUGCUCAACCCCAAGAAGUACAUACCAGGUACGAAGAUGGUGUUCCCUGGUCUUAAGAAGCCUCAAGAGCGUGCAGAUCUCAUCGCCUACUUGAAGGAAUCUACGGCAUAAGUGAGUGAAUGAUCAUCGAUGGUGGGACAUGACGAAUCAGAGUUGAAUCUCACUUGGGAAUUUUACUUUGCUAUAUUCUUUUGACAAAUAAAAUCUCUUAAAAACAUUUUUUUUCUUGUUUGGUUUCAUCAAUUUACGUUUUUGGUGGGAAUUUGGUUUGUCUAGUUCCAACCGCACUUUGAGUAAUUUGAUUUUCUGAGGCUCCCUUUUAUAUUC